GAAAUGGUUACUCUUUCUUGUUAUCUUCACGUAGUUAGUUCCGUUUACCAUAAGAAACUACGAACAAAAUCUGCAAGACAAACCAACCACUUGGGAUAAGAAAACGAAAACACAAAUAAAUAAAAAAAAAAACGUGUUUCUGUUCACAGAACAUUAAAAGAGAAAAAUGCUUCUUAAUCACAUUGCCGCCGGAUUCUGUUGGGUCGACCCGCAACAACCCGACCGGAACCACGAAACCCGACUCGCUUCCUAUGGUUUCCAUCGCCGGCGGGUGACGCCGCCGAGUGCGGCGUUCCAAGGCGUGCGAAUGGAGAAGAAUGGCCGCCAACGGCGAUCGAUAUGCACCGCCGAUGAGCUUCACCGGGUCGUGGUUUCGAACUCCGAUUGGAAGCUCGCUCUGUGGCGCUACCUUCCUUCUCCCGAGGCACCGUUGAGGAAUCACCCGCUUUUGUUGUUGUCAGGGGUUGCUACCAAUGCAAUUGGCUAUGAUCUCUCUCCUGAGUCUUCAUUUGCUCGGUACAUGUCGGCACAAGGUUUUGAUACGUGGAUUCUUGAGGUUCGGGGUGUUGGGUUGAGCACUAUUGGAGAUAGCCUGGAGGAAAAUGAGGAAUGCCUAAAGAAUUUGUCUGAGAUUGAUUCUGCUAUUAGUGAUGAAAUUGGUAAAAACAGUGCUUCUCCAGCAAGAUCAAUAAGACUUGAGAACCUUGGCUCUCCCGAAGUUACAACUAAAUUUGAGGAAAUGAGGUUAACAAGGAGUUUCAUGGACAUUUUUACAAGGAUAUCUGAAAAGCUUGCAGGCUUUCUGAAUCCGGAUUCGUUGGAGGGAGGAAAGAACUCUGCACUUGUUGGUCAAAUCAAGGAUUUCAAUCGGAGACUUCGAGCUAUUAUUGAAGGUCAACAGUUGUUCCCAGCACAGAUUUUAGAACUGCAAGACCGAUUUUCUGCCACUCUAGAAGAGUUUCAGAAACAGCUUCAGUUGAUUGUUAAGUAUGAUUGGGACUUUGACCAUUAUCUGGAAGAGGAUGUACCUGCAGCGAUGGAGUACAUAAGAGCUCAAUGCCAGCCAAGGGAUGGAAAAUUGCUUGCAAUUGGUCACUCAAUGGGGGGUAUCUUGUUGUAUGCAAGGCUUUCACGUUGCUGUUUUGAAGGAAAGGAUUCUGGGUUGGCAUCUGUUGUUACUUUGGCAUCAUCACUGGACUAUACCCCUUCAAAAUCAUCUCUCAAGUUACUUUUACCCCUGGCAGAACCUGCUCAGGCUUUGAACAUUCCUGCUAUUCCAGUUGGGCCAUUGAUGGCCACUGUUUAUCCCCUUGCUAGCUACCCUCCGUAUGUUUUAUCUUGGCUGAAUUCUCAGAUUUCAGCUCAAGAUAUGAUGGAUCAAAAACUGUUUGAGAAGCUUGUUUUGAAUAACUUCUGUACCAUACCUUCCAAGAUUCUGUUGCAGUUAUCAUCAGUUUUCCAAGAAGGUGGUCUACGUGACAGGAGUGGAACAUUCUUCUACAAGGACCAUCUCUGCAAAAUUGAUGUUCCUGUCUUAGCCGUCGCUGGUGAUCAAGACUUGAUCUGUCCUCCUGAAGCUGUAUAUGAAACGGUGAAGCUUAUUCCUGAAGAUUUGAUUACAUACAAAGUCUUUGGGGAGCUUGAUGGUCCACACUAUGCCCACUAUGACUUAGUGGGUGGUCGUCUGGCUGCAGAUGAACUGUAUCCAUGUAUAACUGAAUUUCUCAGUCAACAUGACAUGGUUUAGACCCUAGCCUCUUUUGGCUCAUUCUUUUAUACAUGAAGAACACUAGAUGGAAAUUCUCAUAUGCACGAUCUGUGGUAAUACUUCCUGUGUAUAGUUAAAGACAAUGUAUAUAGUCAAAGACACUGUACAUAUGUAGUUCUAAAUAAAGCACAUAGGUGAAAGUACAUGUUCGAAAUCAGGGUGCUAAGAAAGUAGGUAAUAGGAAUCAAGAGCCAACUUUAAUCAAAUUACAAAGUUACAAACUAUUCUAGUGAUUA